GUUUAAGUUAAACUUUGGAAAUUUUCAGUAAAAAUCGAAUUUAAAUAGUCUGAAUUUGCGGCUUGCUCAUUUACCCUUCGUACAUUUGGGGAUGGACUAUAAGACAGAGAACACGAAUUCACACCUUCAGUCUCCCAAUUCAAUGGCUUCUGGCCCAGCAGUACUGUCAUCUUCCUUGGCUCCCGGUUUUUCUGAGAAAGAUGAGUUGCUGUUCUCCAAUGGCCGUAAUUAUGCGCUGCUCGGCGAAAUUACAAUGCUCGUUCUUCUCUUGCUCUUCACCUUCUUUAUCAUCUCCAUCGUCUGUUUUUUACGCAUAAAGCUCUCUCCUGAUGCUUCCAAACUCAGUCCCCUGGAUCAAAAUAUGUCAAAAGACAGCCUUUUCCAUGUUUAAAGGCCAAACUAUUAUUGGAUCGCAUGAUUCGUGUCGUCGGUGAAUUAAUCAGCCGUUUGUUACCAAUGAUGCUUUGGGUCCUGUCUAUGUCCAACCAAUCUCUACUUGCAGGUCAGAGAACAGAUUAGGCACAAUUCUUGGCAUAUAUAUACAUAUGUUCUAUGGCGAAAGGCUUUAAUGUGGUGAGCUUAAGAGUGUCGUACUGUUCUUCAUGUGUGUGUAAUUCAGUGGCUAAUAUGAUAAGCAUAUCAUGAUAUAUAUAUAUAUAUAUAUAU